AGACGCAGGGACCAGGAGGAGGAAAAAGUGGGACAAGAGGAGGGAAGCAUGUUGGACCAGUGACACGCGUCUUCUCCCCACACAGCAAAGACAAAAGGAGGCCAUCUUUGUUUGGGAUUAUAACGGAAUUGGACCACUUUUAUGUUUAGAAUCUCCCGCCACGCAGGCGCACGAGCUUCUUCUGGGACAAACUUUGGGAUUUACUUCUCUGGCUGUCUCUUUUGGGGACAUGAGUGUCAGCAGUGCAUGAGGUGCUCCAUGCAUCUUCCUCACAGGGACUGAAGAAGAGGAGGAGGCACCGUGAGGACUUUGAAUUGUAUUUAUUUUCUUAUUUAUGAUGUAUUUAUUGAAGAUGCUGCUGAGCCUCGCUGUGGCGUCCAUGUUGUUGUGUCAGGGUUUCUGCUCGGGGGUGUUCGAACUCAAGCUGCAGGAAUUUCUCAACAAGAAGGGCGUGCAGGGCAACAAGAACUGCUGCGGGAGGGGGGCGCCCGGCUCCUCUUUCCAGCAGUGCGAGUGUAAAACCUUCUUCCGGGUGUGCCUCAAGCACUACCAGCCCAACGCCUCCCCGGAACCCCCCUGCACUUACGGCGGCGCCGUGACGCCCGUGCUGGGGUCCAACUCCUUCCAGGUCCCGGACGUCAUCCCGGAGAGCUCCUUUAGCAACCCUAUCAGGAUCAACUUCGGCUUCACAUGGCCGGGGACCUUUUCGCUCAUCAUCGAAGCCCUGCACACGGACAACAAAGACGACCUGUCGACAGAGAACCCAGACCGGGUGAUCAGCACCAUGACCACGCAGAGGCACCUGACCGUAGGAGAGGAUUGGUCCCAGGACCUUCACACAGCGGGCAGGACCGAGCUCAAGUACUCGUAUCGGUUCGUGUGCGAUGAGCACUACUACGGGGACGGCUGCUCGGUCUUCUGCCGACCCAGAGACGACGCCUUCGGACAUUUCACCUGCGGGGAGCGGGGGGAGAUCGUGUGUGACGCUGGAUGGAAGGGACAGUACUGCACUGAGCCAAUCUGCCUGCCAGGCUGCGAUGACGAGCACGGAUUCUGCGAGAAACCCGGAGAGUGCAAGUGCCGAGUAGGAUUCAAGGGGCGCUACUGCGAUGAGUGCAUCCGCUACCCCGGCUGCCUCCACGGAACCUGCCAGCAGCCCUGGCAGUGCAACUGUCAGGAGGGUUGGGGGGGGCUCUUCUGCAACCAAGACCUCAACUACUGUACUCACCACAAGCCAUGCAUGAAUGGAGCCACUUGUAGCAACACGGGCCAGGGCAGCUACACCUGUUCCUGCAGGCCCGGCUUCACUGGUGCCAGCUGCGAGAUCCAAGUCAACGAAUGCGCAGGGAACCCGUGCCGAAACGGAGGGAGCUGCACCGACCUGGAGAACACAUACACCUGCACGUGUCCUCACGGUUUCUAUGGCAACAACUGCGAGCUGAGUGCCAUGACGUGCGCCGACGGCCCAUGUUCAAAUGGCGGCCGUUGCAGCGACAACCCCGACGGUGGUUACUUCUGUCAGUGCCCCACCGGCUACGCUGGCUUCAAUUGUGAGAAGAAGAUUGACCACUGCACCUCGAGCCCCUGUUCCAACGGUGCUCGCUGUGUGGACCUGGUCAACUCGUACCUGUGCCAGUGUCCUGACGGAUUCACGGGCAUGAAUUGCGACCACACCGGUGACGAGUGCUCCUUGUACCCCUGCCAGAACGGCGGCACCUGCCAGGAAGGAGUCAACGGCUACACCUGUACUUGUCCGCCUGGAUACACAGGCCGCAACUGCAGUUCACCCAUCAGCCGCUGCGAGCACAACCCCUGCCACAAUGGCGCCACCUGCCACGAGAGGAACAAUCGCUACGUCUGCGCUUGUGUUCCGGGCUACGGCGGACGAAACUGCCAGUUCCUGCUUCCGGAGCACGCCGCCAUCCGUGGCUCAGAAGUACCUUGGAUGGCCGUGGGGUCCGGCGUGGCGCUGGUGCUGCUGCUGCUGGCGGGAUGCGCCGUGUUGGUCGGGUUCUUCCGAUCCAAAUCGCAGCGCGGUGGUCCGGUAGAAGUUGUCAGCGACGGGGAGACGAUCAACAACCUGACCAACAACUGUCAGCGCAGCGACAGGGACCUGGCGGUCAGCGUGGUGCCGACACCGGGGGUCAAAAACAUCAACAAGAAGAUGGACUUGUGCAGUAGUGACCCAGAUGAGGGAACGUCCCCGGACAGGAGGAGCUACAAGAGUCGGCAACCGCCAGCGGACUGCAACCUGGUACACGAGGUCAACUACGAGCAGGCCGCCAAGGAAGCCAUGUUGGAGGCGGCCUGCGAGGACAAGUGUCGCGCCUUGGAGUUUGAGGAAAAACACAGCAAGCUUUUAAAAUGCGAUGCAUCGGAAAAGAAUAGCCCAGAAAUGUCUGCAUGUGCGGACAACAAGUACAAAUCUGUGUUUGUCAUGUCGGAGGAGAAGGACGAAUGUAUAAUUGCAACUGAGGUGUAAACGGGCCGGCGACGGGCUCUGCUCAUUUGCUCUUUGGGAGAGUUUUUAUACUCCUGGAUGAGAUGCUGCUCUAACGUCGGGGGGAGGUGUCCCGCCUGGAGACUGCUGCUGAUACUGAGACCUUUAACUGAUAUUCAGACUGAGCUGGUUCUCGACUGGAAACUUAGCGCGGGCGUUGGCGGCCUGUGGGAUAGGAACUGGCGGGGUAAUAAGGAAAAUGUAAAGUUUACGGUUAAACGUAAACUGACACUUAGCUUUCUGUUCUGCCUCUUGUCGGGAAUUGGGGGUAAAAAAAAAUUGUAAAUUUAAAUAUUAAGGGACGCUGAAAGAUAAACGCGCAAUGCGAAGUUACGAUGUUUGUUUUUUUGCAACAUUUGCACCCAGGCCUUUUUCUCGAUCGCAGGCGCCGUGGCAGAGCGCAGGAACCGCAUCAAACAGCGGAUGUUUGGCCAUACUGGCCUAUUCUUCAACGUACGUAAAUGUGCUCGCUCUAUGAACUGAAGUCCUCCAAACCGGCCCGACAUAGUAUUGUUUUUUUAUGCGUUCCCUUGUCUUCAUUACUUUUGACGCUUUUUCAUACAGAUUUUGUAAAAUAAAAAAAAGAAAAACAAGAAAAAGUUAUGAUUUAAAAUUAUGGUUUAAUUUAAGUUAAUUUAAGGAUUUUGUGUUAUUCUUAUUUUGUCUUGUAUAUUUGUGACGUUAUUUAAGUUGCUUUCUUUAUGGAUGAUAUUUGCAAAGGCACUUCAGGUCAGUGGGAUGUUUGUUUGGUGAAAGAAAAAAGUUAUUUAAGAGGGAUUGUACUGUACAUUGCAUUGUUCUAUGACCGUCUCCUGUACUCUUUGUCAAUGAAGGAGUUAGCCAAGACUAUUUUUCCAAAUAAAAGAUGCUAAAU